UAUUAAUUGUUUAAUUGAUUACUUUUGUAUAAAAAAAAUCUAAAUUGUCAAAACAGUAUUGUUAGUAUAAAAUGAAAGCCUAUUUAGCUCUUGUUUUAUUGUUGGCAUUGGUAGCCAUAACCUACUCGACCCCCGUUGAUGUCGAUGACAAUAGUAAUUUGGACCAAUCAAAGACUGCCAAAGACUACGCAAAACUUAUUGAAAAGUUUGGUGUAAAGGCCUGGCAUUUCUUGGAGUGUAUGGGCAAAGACUGGUGCGAACACUGUGUGUCUCCAACUCUGGGAUGUCUUAAAUCUAAAUCAAUUGUCGGUUGUAUUGAAUUGAUUGCCUGUGAAGCCAAAGAUGCCUUCAGUUGUGCACAGAAAUUGAAAUAAAUUUAUUGUCACUUUUUCGUAUAAAUUUUAUUGUAAAAU